UAAUCGAUGAAUGUGUUCUUGGCACCCAUGAAUGUGAUGAGAAUGCAAAAUGUGAGGACACACUGGAUGGUUACAAUUGUCAAUGUAAGCCAGGUUGGACCGAUAACAGUCCGGAUCGUCAACGUCGACCGGGGCGCAGCUGUAAGAAAGCAAACGUAUGUGCUAAUAUUCAAUGUGCCAAAGAAGCGGAAUGUCGUGAAACGGAACUUGGACCGGUUUGUGAGUGUUUCUCAGGUUAUGUUGAUAUUUCUCGACAACAUGGCAUGGCUGCAGGACACGUUUGUCGAAAAGUAAUAAACGAAUGUGCAACCGGUAAACAUGACUGCUCAUCUUCUGCAUCCUGUAUUGAUACAGCCGAUUUGUUUACUUGUCGUUGUCGUGAUGGAUUUCGUGAUGAAAGUCCAGAUCUUAUCAAUCGUCCUGGACGAGUAUGUGUCAGAGCAUUUAUUCCGGAACCACCAGAAUGUGAUGUCAAUGAUCCGAUGAGUUGUGAUGCGAAGAAAAAAGAAGUAUGCUUAUUUGUUAAUGGUACAUACAAAUGUCAAUGCGCAACCGGAUAUGAUCGUUUGCCGGAUGGUCGAUGUUUAGUAAUUAAUGAAUGUGACGAUCAGCGCCUCAAUGAUUGCGCUUUAAAUGCUGAUUGUAUUGAUCAGGCUGAUGGUUAUACUUGUCAGUGUAAGAGUGGCUUUGCGGAUAUAUCACCACCAAAUACACCGGGGCGCAUUUGUCGUACUAGAGUAAAUGAAUGCGCUGAACCACAAAAAUAUCAUGUCGAUUGUGAUCCCAAUGCUGUAUGUAUUGAUACAGAUGAAGAGUAUACAUGCAGCUGUCGUCCCGGUUUUGCUGAUAUAUCGAGUUCAUUUGAACGGUUACCUGGUCGUCGGUGUGUCGAAGCGGUAAAUGAAUGCUUGGAUUCAUCAUUGAAUGAUUGUUCAGAGAAUGCUAUUUGUGAGGAUGCUAAAGAAGGAUAUAUUUGUACAUGUCUGCAAGGUUUUGUCGAUGCAUCGCACAAUAUUACUCAUUAUCCAGGCCGAGUAUGUCAUAAGCCUAAACAAGAAAGCCUUAAUGAUAAUAGUGCAUCGAAAGGCUCUCUAAUCACUUGCAAUCCUGAUAAGCCAAAAUGUGGCGUUAAUGAAGUAUGCACUGAUCGUGAAGCACGUGGAAAAUUUGUUUGUGAUUGCGCUGAAAAUGCUUUCAGAUUUACGGAUGAUACAUGCCGAUUUUAUGCUGCUUGUGUUGGUGUAAAUGAUUGCGAUAAGAAUGCAGUUUGUGCUAAUGCUUUCGAUUCUUACAUAUGUCAAUGUCGUCCUGGAUUUAUCGAUAUUUCACCGGAUCCGGAAGGGAAGCCGGGCAGAAUUUGUAAAGAAUUGAUUAAUGAAUGCGCUGCGGGAAUUCACAACUGUUCAUCGCAUGCAACAUGCAUUGAUGCAACCGAUGGUUACAUUUGUAUUUGUGAUGACGGCUUCGUUGAUACGUCAUCACAGUUUCAACUUGCGCCUGGCCGUCGUUGCAGUAAUGCCAGUAAUGAAUGUGCCGAUCGAACUUUGAAUACAUGUGAUGAAAAUGCGGAUUGUAUUGAUACACCUGACUCUUAUACCUGUCAGUGCUAUGCAGGAUUUGUUGAUGUUUCAUCCAAUGCUAAUUUACAACCUGGUCGAGUAUGUACGGUACAAACUAGCUGUCCAAAGCAAAAAACUGAUCUCAUGUUUUUGAUUGAUGGUUCCGGAUCAAUUGGCUCCUAUGUUUUUAAAAAUGAAGUGUUAAGAUUUAUUAAAGAAUUUGUGGAGUUAUUUGAUAUUGGUUUGGAUAAUACACGUGUUGGUUUGAUACAAUAUUCUGAUCAAAUCAGGCAUGAGUUUGAUUUAAAUCAAUAUAGUGACAAGGAAUCCGUUAUCAGUGCCAUAUCACAAGUUCAAUAUUUAACAGGUCUUACGAGGACUGGUGCCGCUAUUCAUCAUAUGGUAAUGGAAGGUUUCUCAGAGCGACGUGGUGCUCGUAAACAAGGUGAUGAUGUCGCACGUGUGAGCAUCGUUAUUACUGAUGGUCGUAGUCAGGAUAAUGUUACGGAACCUGCUAUAAAUGCUCGCAAUUCACAUAUUAAUAUGUUUUCGGUUGGUGUGACGGAUCACGUUCUGGGAUCGGAAUUAGAAGCAAUAGCAGGCUCACCAUCGCGAUGGUUCCACGUUGCUAAAUUCAAGGAUUUGGAUACUCGGCUACGGUCAUUGAUCCAGAAAGCAGCCUGUCCAUCAGUAGAACCGAAACCACGUCCACCUGGUGGAUGUAACCCAUCAGCACAAACUGGUUGUGAUCGUGCGCUAAAUGAAGUUUGCAUACAGACUAAUGGCUCCGCUCAAUGCGUUUGUCCAGAAGCAUUUCAACGGCAUCCAAGCACCCGACGUUGUGGAGGCAAUCACUGUAAUCCGGAUUUGCCUACAUCGUGUCCACAUCCAGAAAUAUGCACGGUUGCGCAAUUUUCAAAUUAUCUUUGCAUUUGUCCAAAAGGCUACUUACGUGAUCAGCGAACUGGAAUUUGCCGUUAG